CUUCGUCCUUCUGACUCCAGAGUGCGCGAAGGGGGGAGUUCGCCGGGCGGGAAGAAAGAUGGCUCUCCAGCUGCAGAGCUUUCGCUCAGCUGUAACCUCUUUCUACUUCGCUUCUUCAAGCUUCGGCUUUGCCCAAAGAUACCGGCUGGCAUUUUCUAUUCGAAGGUCGCAUUCAUAUCCUAACAAGACCAUUGUAGCUUCGAAGCUUCUGAGAGUUCAACAUCAAACAAGAAAAAGGAGAUUAGAUGAGGUAUGCCUAGAGCAGUAUCAGCAAUAUAGCAGAACCUUCAUUCAGUCGUGGAUCUUACAGGGAAAAGUUUCGGUAGAUGGAAGAGUGAUAAAUAAAGCUGGAACACCUGUAUCUGAGAAAUCAGUUGUAGAGAUUAAAGCUGAGAUUCCAAAAUAUGUAUGUAGAGCAGGAUUCAAGCUAGAGGCUGCUAUUGAACAACUUAGCAUUGAUGUUGUUGGAAAGGUAGCACUUGAUUCGGGGCUUUCAACCGGCGGCUUUACUGAUUGUCUGCUUCAGCAUGGAGCAUCCUUUGUUUAUGGCGUUGAUGUAGGCUAUGGACAGGUAGCCGAAAAAAUUAGACGCGAUGACCGUGUAUGUGUCAUCGAACGAACGAACUUAAGAUUUCUAUCGAAAUUGCCUGAAGAAGUGGAUUUGGUGACCUUGGAUCUAUCGUUUAUUUCUAUCCUUUUGGUGAUGCCUGCUGUUGUCAAAGUUAUGAAGACAGAAUCUACAUUGGUAACUCUUGUUAAGCCUCAGUUUGAAGCUCAUAGAUUCCAGGUUGGAGGAGGUGGAAUUGUAAGAGAUCCUUCAGUUCAUCAGGAGGUUCUUGAAAGAAUAAUUAAAGGAGUAGAGGAGUUGGGAUUCUGUAACAAAGGCUGGAUAGAGUCCCCCAUAAAAGGUGCGGAGGGGAAUACUGAAUUCCUUGUUUGUUUUCAGAGAAUAGCAUCGAAGGAAGCCGCAUGAUCCAUAGCAUGAUCCCUGGGCAAAGGAAUAGCUGAAAGAAAUGGUGGGGUGCCUUGAUGAAAAGAUCGUGAUGUGGAUAUCAGGCGGCACUUUAAAUAUGGAUGGAAGCAUGCCCUUUUGUGUAUGAUGAUCUUUUCUAAAAGUUGAUUCAUCUUGGGCUAGAUCAACCAGUUCGGCGGGUAUACUUAAUUUGACCACUUCGAUGGGUGGGCUAGCUCGAGAAUGGCAUGAUCCUGUGAUAUGAGCCUUCAAAGCCUAUAAGGCCUGUUGAUCCUUAUGUUGUGCCCUUUAAAAAGAUUUAUUUAAGUAUAUUGUUGUAUUUGGGUAUACAUUUAGUUCUCCAUUUCUCUUGGCUCUUCGAUAAGGGACUGAGAUUCUCGGUUUCAUCCAACUAAAAAAAUAUUCAUUUCUUUGUUACAAUUUACAACU